UUCAAAAUCGCUGCCGCGGAAAGACGAUAACUUCUGGUAGUCGUAAGCGGCACCACAGGGAUUGCAAGUUUAUCAACUCCUUACCAGCAUUUACUGACGUGCUGUUUUUGGGCGUUCACUGUUGAGUAUCCUUCACAAACCACUAGGAACAAACCCGCAACAGUGCCGCCGUAGAAUAGAAAUACACUCCACGCAAAGACUAGAGGUUUACUAAAGGAAUUCCAUGGAAGACAUGAAUCACGAUGGCUCCAUCACACGGCGGUUGGCUGUUGAAUCCACCUUACACGCGGACGAUGCCGAACGGUUGGCUCUGGACAUGGCGAACCUGGUACAGCGCUGGCAACGUCGCGACCCCUUGUUUCCAAACGAAGCAAUCGAUGCAGACGCAUAUUUCCAUGACGAAACUCCUUUUCUUUGGAAGGAUCAAUCUUUCUUCCAAGACGAGGAAGCUGACAAACGAUCCCGGCGUGUUCCUAAGGUUCGGAAUGAUUUUGAUAAUGUUGGCUUGCCCCUGUUGACAAAUAUUCCCACGGUGUCGUUCCACAAGCUUUCGACUCCGUUGGAACGUCAUUCCGUGACGAAAAACCGAUGUGAUUCUGCGACCGUUACAACCGUGGAAAACAGUUCUUUCGAGGUCGACGACAAGUCCAGUGAUGCCAUUUCCUUUUCCAGCGGAGAUGACAAUCUUGGAUUUGCAUCGGAAACUCAUCAGCGGCGGAUGCGUCCGAGACGGAGACGAACCUUGCAACCCGACAAAAUUAGUCGGAUGAGCCAGAGAUUGGAACAAUUGGAAAAGGAAAUCCAAGAUUUGAAGGAGGCUCAAAGACCAACCACCUUCGCCGUUCUUUACAAAAUUCUAGACGACGUUCUGUCAAUCCGUCUGCCUCUCUGGAUCUAUCUGAUGCUAUUCCUGGCUCUGUACUUUCGAGGAGUACUGAGUUUCAACCAAACCCAACUUGGAUCUGCGAACGAUUGUGUGAAUACUUCCUUGACUUGA